GCUCUUCCCGCUCCGGUUGCCACGGCGACGCCGCGCGGCGUCGGUUGCGGCGGGUCGGGGCGGAUCGGCGAGGAGAGAGGCGGGCGGGGAGGUCAUGGUUCGCAUCACAGAGCAACUUGUUAGGCGAUGCGCAGAGCACAAUAACUGCGAAAUCUUUUCCUUGGAAGAGAUUUCCUUACACCAGCAAAACAUAGAAAAAAUUGAAUAUCUUGACAAAUGGUGCCGGGAUUUGAAAAUUCUCUAUCUUCAAAACAACUUGAUUCCCAAAAUUGAAAAUGUUAGCAGACUGAAGAAGCUUGAAUAUUUAAAUUUGGCCUUAAACAAUAUUGAAAAAAUUGAAAAUUUGGAAGGUUGUGAAGAAUUGCAGAAGCUGGAUUUGACAGCUAAUUUCAUUGGGGAAUUGUCUAAUAUUGCAGUCCUGAAAAACAAUAUACAUCUUAAAGAACUCUUCCUUAUAGGAAAUCCUUGUACCGAUUUUGACGGCUAUAGAGAUUUCGUGGUUGCUACACUCCAUCAGCUCAAAUUUUUAGACUGCAAGGAGAUACGGCGAUCAGAGAGGAUUCAAGCUUUGCAGAACUAUGCUAAAGUAGAAAAACAAGUCCUAGAGCAGGAACAGAACUACCUUUUUAAAAGGAGAGAAGAAAAGGAAGAAGCCGAAAGACGGAAUCAAGAAAAAUGGGAGAAGAAGAAAAAAGAAAAGCAAAAGAAACAUCAACCAGGAUUUGAUGGAGGAUGCUGCUACUCUGUAGAAGAGAGGGAGACCCUUCAAAAGGGUGAAGAAGGAAAUGACUACCAUGCAUUGGUGACAGAGGAAGAUGAUGAAGAAGACAGAGCCUUUUGGGAGGAACCUGUGCCUAAUACUCCAGAGGCGAGGCUAGAAGCUCAUAGAUACCUUGAAGAAAAAAGGAAAGCAAAAGAAGAUAGAGAACAAACAAAGAAAGAGAAGCCACCAAGGACUUUGAUCACCUUAGAGGGAAGAGUUUUGAAUGUAAAUGAACCCAAGCUUUCUUUCUCCUUGAAAGAUGAUGAAGAAAACAACCAGUUCAUCCUGGAUCUCGCUGUUUACAGACAUUUGGAUACCUCCCUGCUUGAUGUUGAUAUACAGCCUACGUAUAUCCGAGUAAUGGUCAAGGGAAAGCCAUUUCAGCUUGUACUUCCAGCAGAAGUCAAGCCAGAUAGUAGCACUGCUAGAAGAUCUCAGACAACUGGGCAUUUGGUUAUCAGCCUGCCAAAGGCUCAAGAAAUAAUCAUGGCAAGCCAAAAAGCAUCCACUCCUCCGAAACCCUCUGACACCAAGAAGCUGCAAAGAAAUCUAAGAGGAAAUGAAUGUACAGAGAAGCUAGAAGUGGACCCUAGCAAGUAUUCAUUCCCUGAUGUAACAAAUAUUGUGCAAGAAAAGGAUCGAACUGGACAAGGACCUUUAAGACUUCAACAGCAAAAAGUUACGGAUAUAAAGAACACAUCUGCAAGCUUUGAUGAUGACCACCCUGAGGUUCCACCUUUAAUUUGAAAGACUGAUAUGGAGAGGGUUUCUUUUCGGUUCGGAGCACCAAGUAUCCUAUGAGUAUCUGUCAAAGGAUAAGCUUCAUGUCUUACUCUGUUGCAUAAACAAACAGAUUUGCUUUUCUAUAAACUCAUCUACUUGAGCUGUCUCUAGUGGUAAUUGAAAUCCCUAUCAAGACUGGAGACCUACUCCACUAAA